AUGGUACACUGCGCUGGCUGCGAGAGGCCUAUCCUGGACCGCUUCCUGCUCAACGUGCUGGACCGAGCGUGGCACGUCAAGUGCGUUCAGUGCUGCGAGUGCAAAUGCAACUUAACAGAGAAAUGCUUCUCUCGCGAAGGGAAACUCUAUUGCAAAAAUGACUUCUUUAGGCGGUUCGGCACCAAGUGCGCGGGCUGUUCGCAGGGCAUUUCCCCCAACGACCUGGUGCGGAGGGCGAGGAGCAAAGUGUUUCACCUGAACUGCUUCACCUGCAUGAUGUGCAACAAGCAGCUGUCCACCGGGGAGGAGCUCUACAUCAUAGACGAGAACAAAUUCGUUUGCAAGGAAGAUUACCUAAGCAACGCCAGUGUAAAGGACACCAACCUUCUCUCAGUAACGGCAUGCAGCGACCCCAGCCUAUCGCCGGACUGCCAGGACCAGCUGCAGGACGACGUCGGCCUGAAGGACUCUGAAAUAGCCGCGCUGUCCGACAAGGAGGCGGGAAAUAACGAGAACGACGACCAGAACCUGGGCGGGAAGCGGCGCGGGCCCCGCACCACCAUCAAGGCCAAGCAGCUGGAGACGCUGAAGGCGGCCUUCGCGGCCACGCCGAAGCCCACCAGGCACAUCAGGGAGCAGCUCGCCCAGGAGACGGGGCUGAAUAUGAGAGUUAUUCAGGUCUGGUUCCAGAACCGGCGGUCCAAAGAGAGGCGCAUGAAGCAGCUGAGCGCGCUCGGCGCCAGGCGGCACGCCUUCUUCCGCAGCCCGAGGAGGAUGAGGACGCUGGUGGACAGGCUCGAGCCCGGGGAGCUCAUCCCCAACGGGCCGUUCUCCUACUACGGAGAUUAUCAAAGCGAGUACUACGGCCCGGGAGGGAACUAUGACUUCUUUCCUCAGGGGCCUCCGUCGUCGCAGGCGCAGACCCCGGUAGACCUCCCCUUCGUGCCCUCUUCAGGGCCUGCAGGGACUCCCCUCGGAGGCAUGGACCAUCCCCUGCCAGGUCACCACCCCUCCAGUGAAGUGCAGCGGUUCUCUGAUAUCAUGUCCCACCACCCCGGGGACUCCCCCAGCCCAGAGCCCGGCAUCCCAGGGCCCAUGCACAGCAUCUCCUCCGAGGUGUUUGGCCCCAGCCCCCCCUUUACCUCACUGUCACUGAACGGCAGCGGAUACAACAGCCACCUGUCCCAUCCUCCCUCGGAAAUGAACGAGGGUACUGUCUGGUAG